AUAUAGAGAAGGCCACAUUCAUGACAGUGUAUUUAGUUUCUCAAGGCAGAUUGUCUCUGACAAACUUGAGUGCUGUGAUUCAUACUGUGGCAGAAUAUCACCAGAAGGAAAAUAUUUUAUGGAUGUUCCUGCAUAGUUUCUAUCAUGCUCGCAUUGUGAGACAUGAAAAUACAGGAGUUAUGAAAAGAAUGGACUGGCUGUUAGACCUGAUGGGCUACACUAGAAAUGUAGCAUACAAGUCAACACCCUUACAAAAUGUUGAUCUGAAAGAGUGCAUAGAUUUCCUCAUCUGGCUGUUUGCAGCUUCUGUUUUGGCCUGGGCUGACCAUGGUGCACCAUUACUCCUUGGUCUCAGUGCUGACUGGUCAUUGUGGAAACACCACAUGGUAUCACCGGAAUUAUACGAGGAACGCAUUGGCAAGCACCCUACUGACAAGUUUGCUGUGCAAGAGACUCUCACUCUCCUUCCAAGUAGCCUUUCCCUUUUGCUGGCUAAGGAACCAUGGAAAGAACAAACACAGAAGUUUAUUGACUGGCUGAUCAAUAUGAUGGAAUGUCCUAAGGAAGCAUUAUCAGAAUCUUCCAGGGACCUGCUGAAAGUUACACUUUUGGCCUUGAGGUCUCUUGCUGAGUUCAAGAAGAAAGCAGUAUGGACUAAAGCUUAUGGAUGGUAGCUGCACACUGUACCUUAUCCAGUGAAGAAAACUGUCCAUACUUGAAAGCAUAAUAUUAUUACUCAGGCAUCAAGAAGCUACAUUUCAAAGACAUUUCCUAUUACAAGAUUUUUAAUUGGGUUUGGCUUUUUUUUACCCUUUUGCUUCAUACAAAAAUUCCUAUGAAAAGCAAUAUUUUGUCUUUAAGUAAUGUGUUAUUGUUUUGCAAAUGUGCGGAAUCUAAAUGAGAAAUACACAUUCAGUUUAAAUUUAAUUGUUUCAGUGACAUCUGGGAACCUCAAAAGCUGGAGUCGAAUAUUCCUUUAAUUCAUGGAAGCUUUGAAGGAAUGGCUGAAAAUAAAAUAAACUAGUAAAAUUUGACGGA